GCUCCCUCGGCGCCCCCGCCGCCGUCGCCGAGCACCGAGUAGCCUGGCUGCCGCGGCCGCCUCGCCGCCAAACUUUCCCGGGAGCCGGCGCCGGAACCCUCUGAGUGAGCGAAGCAGGUCUUGUCCGCGUUGUACCGAUGAGGAAGUCUCAGCGAGGUGGAGUGAAUUGUCCAAGGUCACACAGCUCUGUGUAACUGCAACCCAGAUCUCUUUACUCUCAGAUAAACCUGUGAUCCUUCCAAAUCCAGGAGACAAGUUCCUGUCAUAGACCAGCCCAGUGGUGACGGGCAUGGCUCUGCAUUCAUAACCCAGCCAUUUGAUCCUUCUGUGACUCAGUUUCUUCAUCUGUAAAAUUAGGAAGGGAGUGAGCCAUAGCUGGAGGCUACUCUUGUGCCAAUGACCCUUCCCAAUUCCUCCAGCGUCUUGGAAGACAAGAUGUGUGAGGGGAACAAGACCACCACGCCCAACCCCCAAAUGAUGCCCCUAGUGGUGGUCCUGAGCGCCAUCUCCUUGGUCACAGUGGGACUCAACCUGCUGGUCCUGUAUGCUGUGCGCAGCGAGCGGAAGCUACACACGGUGGGGAAUCUGUACAUCGUCAGCCUCUCGGUGGCCGAUCUGAUCGUGGGGGCCGUCGUCAUGCCCGUGAACAUCCUCUACCUCCUCAUGUCCAGGUGGUCCCUGGGGCGCCCUCUCUGCCUCUUUUGGCUUUCCAUGGACUAUGUGGCCAGCACAGCAUCCAUUUUCAGCAUCUUCAUCUUGUGCGUUGAUCGCUACCGCUCUGUGCAGCAGCCCCUCAGAUACCUGAGGUAUCGUACCAAGACCCGAGCAUCGGCCACCAUCUUGGUGGCCUGGUUUCUCUCCUUCCUGUGGGUUAUUCCCAUUCUGGGCUGGCAUCGCUUCAUGUCGAAGACCUCAGGGCACCGGGAGGACAAGUGCGAGACGGACUUCUACGAUGUCACCUGGUUCAAGGUCAUGACUGCCAUCAUCAACUUCUACCUGCCCACCUUGCUCAUGCUUUGGUUCUAUGCUAAGAUCUACAAGGCUGUACAGCAGCACUGUCAGCACCGGGAGCUCAUCCGUGGAUCCCUCCCGUCCUUCUCUGAAGAUAAGCUGAAGCCAGAGGACCUCAGCGUGGGUGCUCAGAAACCAGGGAAGCAGUCUCCCUGGGAGGUUCUGAAAAGGAAGCCGAAAGAUGCCGGUGGUGGACCUGUCUUGAAGCCAGCAUCCCAAGACCCGAAGGAGAUAAAGUCUCCAGGUGUCUUCAGCCAAGAGAAGGAUGGAGAACUGGACAAAUUCCAUUGCUCCCCACUUAACAUUGUGCAGACGCAGAUGGAGGCAGACGGGAGUGGCAGGGAAUACGUAGCCAUCAACCAGAGCCAGAGCCAGCUCGAGAUGGGUGAGCAGGGCCUGAACAUGCAUGGGGCCAAGGAGGUAUUAGAGGAUCAGAUCCUAGGUGACAGCCAGUCCUUCUCCCGGACAGACUCAGACAGCCCCCCAGAGGUGGCACCCGGGAAAGCUAAAUCGAAAAGUGAGUCUAGCAGAGGCCUGGAUUAUAUCAAGUUCACCUGGAAGAGGCUUUGCUCACAUUCAAGACAGUACGUGUCUGGGUUGCACAUGAACCGAGAACGGAAGGCCGCCAAACAAUUGGGUUUUAUCAUGGUGGCCUUCAUCGUUUGCUGGAUUCCUUACUUCAUCUUCUUCAUGGUCAUUGCCUUCUGCGAGAGCUGCUGUAACCAACAUGUGCACAUGUUCACCAUCUGGCUGGGCUACAUCAACUCCACGCUGAACCCCCUCAUCUACCCCCUGUGCAACGAGAACUUCAAGAAGACGUUCAAGAAAAUUCUGCACAUUCGCUCCUAAGGGAGGCUACAAGGGGAUGUAACUAAGUGAUGCUUAUGAUGUCCCUGAAGGAAAUAGAGGAGGAAGCCUGUGCAUUGCCAGACACCUGGGCUUUCUGGAGCCAAAAGAAUAGCCUUAGGGGCUGGGUAGUUUGGAAAGUUCAUAGGCACCAUUGGAAGAACAGCAGAUGGCGGUGGUCAGCAGAGAGACUAUACCCUGAGAGCAGAAUAUUUCCAAGAGAAUCGGAUCUGGUUGAGCUCUCCUGCUCCUCGGGAAAUGUGGGCGCCUCAGACUCACAUUGUAAUUCAAGCUUUCAGACUCGAAUUAAUGGGCAACUGAAGGGACACGUGGGUAGAGUUCCAGUAGAGAAGUAGACAGAACUCUGGAGCCUUCCUGGAAGGGAGCUAUACGACUGUGCAGAGACCUUAUAUUGAUACACACAGACAGAUGCUGUCCCCUGCCAGGGGUCACCUUGAGAGGCAGGACAGCUAUUCCACUGUGACUGCCACUUCUCAGAACACCUCUCCUCUGAGCCUCUUUUACAGCUUUCUCCAGACCCAGUGUUUGAACCACCUUGGAAAUUCUGCCUUAUUAUUUCUCACUCACGCACAUCUUAGAGUUGAUAGGAAAUUAUGCAGUCUGCAUAUCCAUCAUUUUCAAACCCAAAUUCCUUUUUUGCUAUUAAAAAAAAAAAAGCUAAAUGCUGCCCUCAAGGAGAAAAGAAUAUUUUUUAAAUGGUUGUUCAUUAAAAACCAAAAAGGGGAGUGGAGAGAAGAAAGCCAUAUUUCUUGAGGGCUGUGCCAGGUUGAUGUCAUUUAAGCCCCAUGACACCCCACAACAGGAGGGUGGUAGUACAAGAGAAGCAAAUUGAAGUGCAGCAAGGUGAAAUAAGGUGCCUGAGAUCACACAGCUAGUUAUAGGAGAGCUAGAGUGAACAUCCUGUGGUUUCAGCUCAUUGUAACACAUUUUCUACUAAAGGCAAAAAUUUGUUCUAUUCAGCACACACACACACACAAAUUCCUGAGAGAGGUGGCAAUUCUCAGGAGUAUAUUGAGGGCUUCCCUGGUGGCGCAGUGGUUAAGAAUCCGCCUGCCAACACAGGCGACAUGGGUUCGAGCCCUGGUCAGGGAAGAUCCCACAUGCCGCGGAGCAGCUAAGCCCGUGCGCCACAACUACUGAGCCUGCACUCUAGAGCCUGCGAGCCACAACUACUGAGCCCACGCACCUAGAGCCCGUGCUCCACAACAAGAGAAGCCACUGCAAUGAGAAGUCCGCGCACCGCAAUGAAGAGUAGUCCCCGCUCACCGCAACUAGAGAAAGCCCGCGUGCAGCAAUGAGGACCCAACACAGCCAAAAAUAAAUAAAUAAAUAAAUUUACUUUUUAAAAAAAGCGUAUAUUGAGAGCAGGAAGAGCUGACAUAGAUGUUUGUGGCCACAGAGGGGAUACUUUUGAAGGGACAGUGUGCAUUUUCAUCUGUGAGUUUUGCUGUUUAUCCAAGAAGAGUCAUCAUGUUCUUUUACAGGCAAACCUCUUAAGUCAAAACUAGCAAAGGCAUGGGAACACGCAGUUUUACUUGGUGUUUAUGUUGCAAUCUGGUUAUGAUUUAUAUUUUAAAACUUCAUGCUAGACUGUAAUAUAUGUAGCUACUGGGAGUGCCUGUACAAGCUGGUAUUUUAUGUCAUAUGUUCCUGUUUGCAUGAUCUGUUAAAAUGAGAGAUUUUUUACCUACCUAAAAUAUGAUCUGAAACUAUACUGUUACAAGUUUGAUCGAUUUAAUACUACCUUUCUGAGUCUCUUGGACUGAGAAGAUGUAUUGAAAUGUAAUGUCAAAUGUUACAAGAUCUGAUACAAGGUUUCUCUUUGGUUUUGUAAGGACAUAUACAUUCACAUUUGUAAACAUCUUUAGGAAAGGACUUACUUUUUAUAACAAGCUUCACCCUCUACUUUGCAUCUCCCAAAGCUCUUCUCCCUCAAAACCGGGGGAGUUAAGGAGACUUUUAUCCUGGUUUAGGUUAUCCUGCAGCUGGUCUGUUUCCAGGUCAGAAACCAGGAAGAGUUGCUUCCCGGGACCCCUCAGGACCCAGGAGCACUUUUAAGGACUACCCCACGCAGACAAAUGGCUAAGUGCCUGUUAUUGAUGUUGAUGAACAGUUGAGGCAACUAGUGGUUACGAGCCCUGACUUUGGGUCAACGAGACUUGGAUUUGAAUCUGACAAGAACAAAAAAUGGUCAAUAUAAAUUGCCAGAGCAUAAUAAACAAGGUCCAUGGAUUAUUGUGUACAAUGUUUAUGGUGCUUGCAGAGUGAAUGGUACCCAGUGGGGACUCAAGUAGUUUUAAAAUAUACUGAGCGUAUACUUUUGUGCUCUACCACUGUUAUCUAAUCUAAUCUCUACAACACCUCGUGAGGCAGAUUUCUGUAUUUUAACAAACAGGCAAACCAAAGCGCAGAGGGAUUAAUAAGGACCAGGUCCAAGAUCUGAUUGUGGAAUGGGCUUCCUUUCCACAGUAUCAGCCUGCUCUUCCUACGCCUGUCUGUAUGCUUGAAUUAAUUCUUAAAUUCAUGAAAGGCAAGGGACUAUGGUGCAGACGUAACUCAGCCCUAGCCCACUCAGGAAAGAAUCAGUGGCUGAUGGCUUACACAAAAUCCAGUUGAAACCAGGCUCUCUGCCCAAAAUAUGAAAAUAAAUACCUUCUUGGAAAAGGCUGUCAGAGACCUUGAUUAUAGAUUAAAACUUGCAGACUCAGAAGCCCCUUUGGGUUUCUUUUUAUGGACUUAAAGCUGAUGAGCUUAAAGCCAAUUCCUCCACUGACCAAUUUGCCAAAUUGGCCAAAUGUUGGCUUCUUUUUAACUAUUUACAAGGUUUACAGCAAUGCAUGUUGGGUGAGGUUUUUAAGAGACGUUUUCUGCAAUUGUUGUGAAGUUAGAGUAACAGAUUUUUGUUUUUCUUCACAGCCACAUAUUGAAGAAGGUUCAAUAUGCUUUGUCCCCAGAUCACUGCUGUUGCAGGGAGAGACCAAGUUGCAGAGAGGGGAGAAAUAGAGGUGAAGAGACUUCAGGUGACAGAGGGGAAAACAAGGCGUAGAAAUAAGAGGAAACUAGGGGAGGCAGGGGUGUUACCGAGCCCAAGCUCCUAUUGCUCCUGCAGGACAGGCCAGUAAAUCAAGAGACAAGCUGUGGGAGCUGGGAAUGGUGACUUCAUCUGGGAAGCCAGUGGACCAAAAAGAAGGUGGACUAGUGUCCCAAAGAGCCAUCUUCCCGAGUUAGAAUUCAGGCUUAUUUUAUACUAAAAGGAGAGGGGAUAAAGUCCUAGUUCCGGCCAGACUUCAGAGGGGAUGUGUUCAUUUCUUCCUUCCUGCAGCCAUUUGCAGGUGGGCCUGGUCAGGAUGCUUCCUGUGAGCUAAACAAAAGUAUUUUCACUUAAUGCUCAUUACGUGGGAGGCAGGGUUCCCAGAGAUGGGCCAUUAUGUAUAAUUUAAGCCUAUAGGCAACAUCCCUUUAGUGAUUAAUUUGUAAUAGAA